AACGCUCUGACCUCGUACUUCAAUGCCGUCCGCAGGGGGACCCUGUUUUGGCCCCUCUGGGGAGCAGGGGCCAGGACGUCGGGCCACUGCCCGGGACGCGGUGACCAGGAGGUCGUGUCUGAGCCGGGACUCCAGAGAGCUGAGUUCUUUCACCGCUUCGGCCUCUCACUAGCCCCGGACCAGUCAGUCUGCCCCCGUGGGCCUCCGCUUCCCCACUUGUCCAGCAGCGGAGUCGUGAAGCGUUUGGUUUGGACCCAGGGUUCUCAGAAGGAUCAGCCUGCUCCCCACACCUCUCCUAAAUGUCACACCAGGCCACCUUGGAAAUGGACUAUUGGGCCAGUCUCUGAACUUGACACCCUAACCACACCCGUGAGGUUCAGCAGCAGUGGCUUUAAUAAUUCUCUAUGGCGCCAAGGUCAAAAACGCGGCUUGCUCCCUUGGGUUUAGAGUGCAGCAUUCUGGGGAAACCGUUGAGGCUUUCUGUUGCCUCUGCCCCUUAUGGUGCAUCUUGAGAUGCAUUCAGAAGUCAAGGAAGAAAUUCCUGUGCAUGAGGAAUUCAUUUUGUGUUGUGGAGUUGAAACCCAGGUUAUAAAAUGUGGGCCCUGGACUGACCUCUUUAAUGAUCAAAGUGCCAACAGGCCUGAGCUGCUCAUUUUCAUUAUUACUGGUAACCCAGGAUUUUGUGCCUUUUAUGUGCCAUUUGCAAAGGCUUUAUACACCUCAAUAAACAGACGCUUUCCAAUUUGGCUUAUCAGUCAUGCUGGGCAUGUUCUGGCCCCCAAAGGCAAGAAGAUUCUUGCAGCCUCGGAUGAUCCAAAAGCUCAAGAAAUUAAGGACAUCUAUGGACUCCAUGGUCAAGUAGAACACAAAAUAGCUUUCCUGAGAACUCAUGUGCCAAAGGAAACCAAGCUGGUGGUCAUUGGUCAUUCAAUAGGCUGCUACAUUUCUCUUCAGAUCUUGAAGCAUGCCCCUGAGCUCCCAAUAAUUCGCUCCUUUCUGCUCUUUCCAACAAUUGAGCGAAUGUCCGAGUCACCCAACGGCAGGAUCGCCACUCCACUUUUGUGCUGGCUUCGAUACAUUCUCUAUGUUUCUGGCUACUUACUACUUAAACCGUGUCCGGAGACAGUCAAGUCCUGGUUGCUCAGAACGGCUCUUCUGUGGAUGAACUUGCAGGGUGAAUUUUUGGCCCCAAGUGUGUUGGAGCCGUUCUGCCUUGCUAAUGCUGCCUACCUUGGGGGCCAGGAAAUGAUGGAGGUGGUGAAGAGAGACAACGAAACCAUAAAGGAGCAUUUAUCUAAGCUUACAUUUUACUAUGGAACUAUAGAUCCUUGGUGUCCAACACAGUACUAUGAAGACAUAAAGAAGGAUUUCCCAGAAGGCGAUAUUCGACUAUGUGAGAAAAAAAUAGCUCAUGCGUUCAUCCUUCGUUCGUCCCAGGAAAUGGCUGACAUGGUCGCUGACUGGAUGCAGGAUGGCCCGUCCACAGUGGAAACCGGGACAGGAAAAAAGGACUGACAGCAGGGCACAGAGGCAGUGGGCACGCUGGCUCUCAGUAGUAACUAGUAGACUGCGUAGGUAAAUGCUUAAUUUGAGUGUUUGGUAUCGGAAGAGAAAAAAAAUGAGACCCUCUUGGCUAAAAACUACCAGCUCCCACCUUCCUGUGCUGCUGGCUGAAGUAAACACAGUUGGCGAAAUACUCCAUAGGCUUAACCACACAUUUUCCGAGACUCAGGAACACAGUGAUCCAUGUUGACAGGAGAGGCCCAGGGGCACCAUGCAGCUUAUUUUGGUAGGCAGGAUCCUUGCAGACAAAGGAAGUCUAAAUUUAGUUGAUUUUAAUUGAGUUACAUCGUAGAAAUACCUCCGAGGAAAUAUAAAAGCGAUGGGUGAGCACUCAGUGUGUGGUCAGGUGUGUGAAGUGUGUAAGAUCAUGAGAGGGACUCACAGUCCAGCAGCAGAAGUGAUGAGCAGUGCUUCUUGCCAGUGGACUUGAGUCCUUCAGGACAGAAGACGAAGAUCAGCCCAAACUGACUUUGCAGAGGUCUCGGCUGAGACCAUCAGAAUCAGGCUGGCUCUUAGGACAGCCUGCCAACCUGUGUCACAGACCACCAAGUCAGCCUUUUUUCUGGCCACCAGGGACACAGGCCCAAGCAGAGCCAUCAUCGGAGAGGCCUGUGUUUGUCUCUGAGAAGCUUCCCUGAGUGUGACUUCCUUGUCUACCUGCAUUAGAGAAUAAAGUUCGCCAGACGUCCCUCUGCUCAACUAACCUAACAAGAGUUGAAGGAUCCUGACUGUGCCUCCCACCACCCAACAGCCAGCAAACUCCGUGCCGAGCCUCAUCCUGAGGGUUGUGAGCUCCCUGCAGGUUCCUCUUCUCCACAGCCAGGAUGGGGAGGCCCCAGACUGCCCCAGAUCAGCCAUACACAGUUGCCCCUUCUGUGAUUUUUUUCAUUGGAACCCCAUUGAGGACCAAGCAGUGAGCCAAGUACCGCGCUCGGCAUUGAGGGUAGAGGCUUAGCUGUAUUGUGAGUCUUUCCUUCUGACAGUCUUCUAGUAAGUAACUUUCAAAAGGGCACCUUUAAAUUGUGGAAUAGAGAAUAACCAUAAGUGAUUGUCCCCUUUCUGCAUUAGCAUGUUAGUUGGAAAGAAAUGGUUUUACUAAUGAACCAAAACAAGUCAUUCAAUUAUGUAAAUUUACCUUCUCCAGACACCUUCACAUCUAGUAGAGAAGCAGCCGUUCUCUGGCCUAGAGUGGGCUCACAAUAUUGCUGUCUUCCACAAACUGACUCAAUCCUGGGGCUUCAGGAGCCCAUAAACCACACUGAGUGCAGUGACGAUAGACCAUAGAUCAGAAACAUUCCAGUUUCUCCUGGAGGAGUCCCUCAGAUUUAAGGACAAUGGGAUGUUGGCCUUCUUCUCAAAACCUAAAGCCCCCUGAUGACAGGGUCAGCCCUGCUAUGCUGCCAUCCCUAUGGGAAGUGUUGGACAGGUUACUGGCAGACAGGGCUUCUGCCUCAGAGCAAAUGACUUCUUGGAAGGGAACUCCAAGCCCCAGGCAAGGAGUGCUCUUGGCUUCAGAGAGGAGCCGGCACACACACAGGCCAUUGGCACAGGGCCGCACACAGACGCCUAUUGGCAUCUGCGUGGGGAGGCCUAGAAAUCUGGUGUUAGCAGCUGAGACUCGUGGCUCCGACAUGCUUGCAGGAGAUGCUCAAUAGUACUGACCUGUACACAUAAGCAAGUCCUGAAUGAAGCGUACCUACUGAAAUAGAGACCAGCAUUCCCAGCUUUUCCUCCAGGGUUACAACAUGACUCCACGUUUCAAAAGUCCACGUGUAUGAAAUUGUAUCUCAUUUUGUUUUUCAGAGCUUAAAAAAUGGUAAAGUAAAAUAUUACUGGCUCUUAUUUCCUGUUUAUCGUCUAAGCACCAAAUAAAUUUUUGAAAUAAAUGCUUUACCAGCGCUGUGGGCUUGCCUGGCCUGAUCUCCGUGUGUUGGGGGAGGAGAGGUGUGCGCUGAGCAGUUCUGAGUUAGACUCAGGUCAAAGUCUCCCUGUGAAAUUGAAAAGCCACUUUUCUCAGUAUUUCUCUCAGAGACAGAAGAGUCGGAUUUCAGGAGAUUGAAGUUCACUUUAUUUCAUUAGGGCUUAAACAAAAGGCUAAAUGUUUCCAUGCGUAUGUAUUAGGUGACAAGGCCUUACCAUCUGUGUGAUUUUUAGGCAACUUUAUCUCGUUUCUCCACACCUCACUGUCCUCAUUUGUAAGGUAGGAUUAAUAAUGCGCGCCUCAUUGCUGGAAGAGUUAAAGAGGGUGAUAAAAUUAAAGCAUUUAGCACAAUGCCUAUCCAAGGGCAUCUUAAUAAAGAUUGGCUAUAAUAAUAAUACUUAUUAUUAACUAUCGUAAUACUGAAAAUAAAAGACUAAGAUGGAUAAGCAGUGGAUGAAAUGUUUUCCAGAAGCAUUGCUGCCUGUUUCCCACUCAGCCACAUGGGUGGUCCUUGGUAAAGAUUUCGCUUUGGGCGGGAUUAUCUAGUGCCAAUGGAAAGCCUGAAUUGGAGUGUGACCAGUGCCCACGGUGGUUCUGUGUGCUCUGGCCUAUGGGAGAGGCUCUCCAGAGGCAGCCAGCUCGUGUGGCUCUCGUGGCCUUUUGUCCAAGGUAGCCAGGGCCUUCUUGCGAUCUGCUCCUCCCCUGGACAGCCAGUGACCUCCAGAGGCUCAAUUCCUCUUCACCCUACAUUGCAUUAAAAUUAAAUUUAAUUCCAGAUUAAAGGACACUAAGGGGACAUGACAAUAUACAGCAACACCUGAUUCUGGAUUAUAUGUUUUAAUUACAAAAAACAUUGUUGGGACGAUUUGCACAACCCAAAUGGGGUCUGAAGAUUAACUGGGAGAAGAUGUUAAUUUCCUGAGCUCAGUGGCUGUGACGUGGAAAAGCAGGAGAUACCCUGAUUUGUACUGAAGACACACUGCGGUGUCUGGGGCAGCAGGGCAGCAUGUCAGUUCCCUCUCACAUGGUCCAGAGGGGGGAAAUGUUGCCUGUAUUUUACCUGCAACCUUUUUGUAAGUGCAAGACAAUUUUAAAAUUUAUAAAAAUAUUUAAAUAGAAA